AUGGAACCAUUCCUCAAAAGAAUACGGCCUGAGUCGGCAUACCCGAGCGAUAUAUCAACCGGUAAAGAAGACGGUCGGCUCAAGGUGAAAGGGAAGAAUUUUCCUUCCAACACUGGUGGUCGGUCAUUCCUGGCGGCGUGGCAGGAUAAAUACGAUUGGCUGGAGUAUUCUACCCUGAAAGACAGUACUUUUUGCUUCUACUGCAGACACUUCGGUGCGCCCAAAGUUGGUAAGGGCUCUCCAUUCUUCAGCGACCCAAACGGUUUCUCGAACUGGAAAAAAGCAAUUCAGAGGUUCGACGAACACUCUGCGAGUGACUAUCAUCAGACUUCAGCCAAGGCUUUCCUACAGUGGCAGCUAAUGAAGGAAAAAGGUCAAUCAGUUGCCACUUUGAUCAAUACCCAAAACCAAGAUGUGAUCAAACAAAAUCGCCAUUACUUGCGAUCGAUCCUCAUUUGUAUUCUUUUUUGUUGUAAGCAAGGGUUGGCCUUAAGAGUGCAUGGAGAAACUCUGUCAAACGUGGCCGACGGCGACAAUCCGGGAAAUUUUCUGGAACUGACUCGCUUGCUGAGUCGUUUUGAUGACGUUGUCAAGCAGAGACUCUCCGAUGGUCCUGGGAAUGCUAGAUAUACUCAUCACUCUAUACAGAAUGACCUCAUCGCCUGUGCAGCGAAGCUCGUUCGUCAGUCUGUAGCAUCCGAGGUGGCUGCUUGCGGUGCUUUCAGCCUCAUAUGCGACGAGGCUCGCGAUAUCGCUCAUACGGAGCGGCUGUCCCUCUGCGUCCGGUAUGUGUAUGACGCGCAGAUCAAAGAGGAGUUCCUCGCCUCUGUUCGGUGCGAAAAACUGGAUGCCGCCAACCUUACAGAGGAGAUUUUCCGCACUCUUGGCGAAGUCGGUAUACAUCCUUCUCUCAUGGUUAGCCAAUGUUACGACGGAGCGAGCGUCAUAAGCGGCGCUGUGAGCGGAGUCGCCCAGCGCGUCAGAGAGCGAGCCAAUGAGGCUCGGUCUGCUAUCUAUAUCCACUGUUUUGCCCAUAGGGUGAAUCUUGUGGUUGUUGAGGUAUGUAGAGCUGAGAGGUUCUCCGGACUCUUCCAGGUGUGCCAAGACCUUCAUCGUUUCCUAGCCAGCUCCAUCGUGAACCCGGUUUUCAAGAAGUCUCAGAAGGGCUCCAACCCUGCAAAGCAACCCAGGAUGGUCCCGUCCCUUUCCGAGACGCGCUGGGUUUGCCAGUUCCGUGCCUUGGAUACCAUGGUAGAAACCAUGCCCGCUAUAUUCGAGACCCUCGAAGUCUUCGAGGAGGAGGGCGGAGAUAGAGGUGGUACUGCUCAGGGACUUCGACUACGCCUUAACGCAGAGUUCAUGGUUAACUUGGUGACUAUGCGCUGGGUUUUGAAUGUUACAGCCGACGUUGCAGAAUCCUUGCAGGAUAAGGAACACACUCUAGCGCAAGGGUUGGCCGAUAUAGACGCUGCACUCACACGUCUGCACAGGCCUUCGCCGACGGAAGAUGAUGAAGUUUGGAAUCUUUUGUGGGAUGAGGCAAAUCGGCUUAUUCUUGACCUUGGUCUUCCCGUCCUUGCCCCAACUUGGGGCCCCCAAGGGUUAGGCGGAGAGCACGGCCCGAUUUCCAUCAGGCCGGGACGGUUCAAAGCUCCCGAGAAUGAAGCUGUGUAUAAAGGCGUGCUUGCCAUGAUCCCAGGCAGCCCGCGUUUCUUGAACGAGGAGGACUUGAUCGGUAUCUUCUGUCAUUACUACCCUGAUGAAUCUGUCUCUUCGAGAGCACUGAAGCUUGAAGUUGCACUCUUGCGAGAUGUUCUACAACGGGGCGGCGAAGAUUUACCAGAAGACCUUCCCUCAAGCGAGAGGAGUUUUUCUACUAUGCGAAGGAUCAUGGAUUAUUUGCGCAACUCUACCGGGGAUGCUAGGCUUUCAAACCUUGGGGUCCUCAAUAUCGCUCGUGAGAGGCUUGAAAGCUUGAAUCUCGAUGAUGUUAUUGAUCUUUUCGCAGAGUCCAACAGGAGAAUGCUUUUGAA